CCAUUGCAGGUCGUCCGUCAUGUCCUCCACUCCGCACAUGGGCUCCUUCCAGUAAGUAGAUAGCAGUUCUACACAUCCUCCAUCUCGCGUGGAGUAGCUGACACCGCUGGUCGUCAACCGGCCUCGUGCCAUUCGUCCCCGUCCAGUCCGCAGUGCCAUUCCUUUCGCGUCCUUCUCGCCAAUGCGAUCUGCGCUACCACCAAAGCUAGCCGCUUUAGGUACCUAGGUUAUGCCGUUCAUGAUGCGACCAGCGUGCGUGCCUCACUUGUUAGGCUAGCGAUCCGUCUCUGCGACUGCGUGCGACGAGCUGCACACAUGGCGCGUUCGGCGUCGUCGCUUUCCCGAGCGACCACUUCUCGUUCGUGAUUCGCAGCGACGGUCAUCGAUCUCCGUUUCGUGCCCACAGCAACCUGCACGGGGAUAGGAGAUACCGAGCAGCGCACCGGCGUCUAGGCGCACCUGCACCUGGUAGCAGCACCUGAUACCGAGUACUCUUAUAGUGCGCGUCGAAUCGAAUCCCCCCGAUCGUCCCCGCGAGCGGGUGUGGCGGCGAUGGGCAACUGCGUGACGGUGGAGGAGAUCCCCCUGAGCCCCACCAGCGGCAGCGGCCGCAAGCUCUCCAACGGCAGCGGGGACGUCGCCAGGCGCAGCGGCAGCGGCAUAGCCGCGCCGCCGGAGCCCAGCAAGCAGGACUCGGGCUGCUUCCCCGGCGGCUCGCGCUUCUCGCGGCUCCGAUCGCCUAAGAAAGGCAGCGCGUCGUUCUCGUCGCCCGCCGCCGUGCGCCAGAGAAGCGAGGGCGGGGGGGACUCGCAGGCGGCAGCGGCGGACGGCCAGGGGGCAGCAGCGGGGGACGCGGCCAAUAGAGUCACGUCCGCGCGCGCACACAGUAGCCCCGCCGCCACCAGAGUCGAGAGUGAUCCGUCCCAUGCCACGUCAGCAACUCGCAGGGAGCGGGACAGGGGCGGCGAGCCGCCCAAGAUCCCCAUGCACCCGCUCGCCCUGCCGCCCAACGAGCCCUCGCCGCAACCCGCGCUGCCUGCUGCUGCUGCUCCGGGAGAGGGGGGGGUGGGCGGAGGGGCAGCAGCAGGUGUGGGGAGAGGAGCCAGUGCAGAGGGGGCCGCAGCGGCACUGGCAGGGGCGGAGCCGGGCGCAGGGGCGGAAGCGGGAGCGUCGGCAGCGGCUCUGGCGGGCGUGGGGCACGACACGAGUCUGACGGUGUUCUCGUACGACGAGCUGCGCGCCGCCACCGGCAAGUUCCGCCCCGACGCACGGCUGGGCGAGGGCGGGUUCGGCGCGGUGUACCGCGGGCGGCUGCGGCCCAGCCCGGGCAGCGAGGCGGUGGACGUGGCGGUGAAGACGCUCAACCAGGAGGGGCUGCAGGGCCACCAGGAAUGGCUGGCGGAGGUGCGGUUCCUGGGCGAGCUGCACCACCCGCACCUGGUGCGGCUGAUAGGCUUCUGCGCAGAGAAGGAGCAGCGCCUGCUCGUCUACGAGUUCAUGUGCCGCGGCAGCCUCGACGCCUACCUCUUCCGCAGGAAGAUCCAGCCGAUGCCAUGGGCGGUGCGCAUGCGCAUAGCGCUGGAUGCAGCGCGCGGGCUGGCGUACCUGCAUGAGGAGGCAGAGUGGCAGGUCAUCUAUCGCGACUUCAAGACCUCCAACAUCCUGCUCGACCAGGACUUCAAUGCGAAGCUGUCAGACUUCGGGCUGGCCAAGGACGGCCCGGAGGGUGACAAGUCGCACGUGUCCACGAGGGUUAUGGGCACGUACGGCUAUGCCGCGCCUGAAUACGUCAUGACAGGCCACCUGACGGUGAAGAGCGACGUGUACAGCUUUGGCGUGGUGCUGCUGGAGAUGAUCACGGGGCGGCGCUCCAUGAACAAGGCGCUGCCCCCCGAGGAGCAGAGCCUGGUGGACUGGGCCAAGCAGUUCUACACGGACCGCCGCAAGCUCUUCAAGCUUGUGGACCCGCGCCUGGAGGGCAACUACUCUAUCCGCGGCGCGCAGAAGGCCGCCAUUCUGGCGCAGAACUGCCUGCACCGCGACCCCAAGGCACGCCCGCUCAUGAGCGAUGUCGUCAAGACGCUCGUGGUGCUGCAAAAGUACGACGACGUGGCCGCCGCAGGGGGCUCUGGCGCUGCUGGUGCGGCGGCUGCUGCAGCUGCUGCGACUGCGGGUGUGUCUUUGGCUGGGAGUGUAGCUGCCGCCAUCUCGUCCGCCAAUAAUGGCGUGUAGCUGCCGGGGAAGCUCCACCCAGCUCUCCCUUCUACAUACUGUCCCACGUGCCUUGUUCCUCCUCCGUGCUCUUCUGCCUCUGCACCACUCACCUCCUCCCCCACCGGCCAUGCGUCUGCAUCCACUUGCUUACCCUGUGCACAACACAGUUUUCCGUUCUCUCUGUGGUUUACCACUCCCGGAUGACCCCCUUUCCCUCAAUGCCUCAACGAGACAGUGCGGUGUUGUCCUGUUUUUGGAAGCGGCAGUAGCGUUUGUGAGUCCAGCUAUUGUGAUUGGUGGCUUGACUCAGGAUGUAAGUCUG